UCAGUGCCCAGCAGUGCCUCCCACCUGUGCCAGCAGUGCACCCACCUGUGCCCAGCAGUGCCCACCAGUGCCACCCAGCACCCAGCAGUGCUACCAGUCAGUGCCACCAGUCAGUGCCCAACGGUUGUGCCAGUCAGUGCCCAGCAUUUGCGCCAGUCAAUGCCUAGCAGUGCCGCCAGUCAGUGCCCAGCAGUGAUACCAGUCAGUGCCACCUAUCAAUGGUGUCUAUCAGUACCCAUCAUCAGUGCCACCUAUCCGUGCCACCCUCAUUAGUGCUGCCUAUCAGUGCUGCCUAUCAGUGCCCAUCAGUGCUGCCUAUCAGUGCCGUCUAUCAGUG